AUUUUUGGAGAAACUGAACUGUUUGACUUUGACUUCUAUACGACAAAAGAAAAGUGACUUAAAAAGUAAACAAGGCCGGGAAGAUGGCUUUGUAGAUAUAAUCAACCAACUUCCUUUCUCUUAAGAAAUUACGAGUAGGGUUAUAUGACUCUAAUCAAAUGGCUUUAGCCGCACUCAAAACAGAGCUCAAGAAUUUUGUUCAAUCUAUGUUUGAAGAGGGAGUGCUGGAUAGCCAGUUCAGUCAAAUUCAAGCUUUGCAGGAUUCGAGUAAUCCCAACUUUGUCGAUGAAGUGAUCACUUCGUUUUGCAGUGAUGCAGAAAGGAUCAUAACCGAAUUGAACAGAUAUUUGGGUUAUCAAAAUGUUGAUUUUAGCAAGUUGGAUUCUUAUGUUCAUCAACUUAAAGGAAGUAGCUCAAGCAUUGGUGCACAUCGCUUGAAACUUGCUUGUGUUAACCUCCGUCAAGCUUCUGAUGACCGGAACAAGGAAGGGUGUGUGCGAGCUUUAAAUUUAAUCACACGCGAAUACUGUCUUUUGCGCAGCAAAUUCCAGAUCGUUAUUCAGCUGGAGAGGAGUAUCAUUGCCCUUGAGACCAACCAACAAUGAGUAGAUAGCAUUAAAAUGCACUGCCGGUUGUCAACCUAAAUUUUGGAGGAACAAUUACCAUUUAUCUUGAAAAGGUCGACAUUGUUUCUUCAUUUUGGUUUAACUGAAUUUAUGGCUCUUUGAUGUUGAGUUUAGCUUCUUUUUACAAUAAGUCACCAAGGAAUCAGUUGGUGUUUUAUAUUGUUAUGUAUUAGACUUAUGGUACAGGUAUGGUUAAGAAUGUUUGCAUGAAGAUAGACAAUAAAAUGUGCUCUUUUUUGCCUUUUUUUUU